AAUUUUUGUCUGAUUUCCCGCAGCCACAGCGUCGAUGAGAAGCAGUCGAGGAACUCCAUUCUAACUGAAUGGAUUGGUAUGGGGAGAAGCGGACCACAAAUCACGGCUAAGCGGCAGCUUUGGGACUGUGUAACGUUGACGAUGGUUUUACUUUCGCUGCUGUUUCGACCAGCUCACUGCCAGCAGUGUCGAAUCCAGCGCUGCAAUGCAGAGUAUGUGGCUUCUACCUCACCCUCUAGUGGUCUGCAGGAGGACGUGGCUAUGGAUGUGGACUACUGCAUCGCCUUGCGGGCCUACGCCCUGUGCACCAGGCGGCAGGCGCGCAGCUGCAGGGGCGACCUGGUCUACCACUCGGCCGUCUUCCGCAUUAAGGAGUUAUUCUCUCAGCAUAACUGCUCCAGCGAUGGGCCCACCUCCUCCGCCAAGGUGCCCAGCACGUCUCGCCCGGCCGUGUCGGAGCUGUGCGACUACGAGAAUCGGGUCCUCGUGUCGGGCUCAGCCGGUCAGAAGAAAUACGCCCACUGUGGAUUAUUCGGAGACCCGCACCUACGGACUUUCAGAGACGAGUUUCAGACCUGCAAGGUGGAAGGGGCGUGGCCUCUGAUUGACAACCGCUUCCUGUCGGUGCAGGUGACCAACGUGCCUGUUGUCUUAGGCUCGAGCGCCACGGCAACCAGCAAGAUCACUGUGAUCUUCAAGUCCUACCACGGCUGUACAGAUCAGAAGGUGUACCAAGCCACCACGGAAGAUCUGCCGCUGGCCUUUCAGGAUGGGACUCGCAGUGGCGGCGAGAGCGGCAGCCUGACCAUCGUAGAGCGCGGCGGCUCCGGGGUGGGCCAGCAGGUGAAGAUACAGGCCCGUUACAUCGGCACUUCCAUCAUCGUCCGGCGCGUGGGCAGCUACCUGACCUUCGCCAUCCGCAUGCCAGAGGACACCCUGGACUUUUCGGAGGACAAUGGCGGCCUGCAGCUCUGCCUGCACGGCUGCCCGCGCAACGAGCUCAUCAAGGAGCACACGCUGGGCCGUCAGAGCCAGCAGCCCCGCCUGCAGGGCACCAACACGGAGCUGGGUCCUCUGCGGCCCCCUCACCAGGUCUACACAGUGGAGCGGGCCACGGCCAAGUGUAGAGAGACUCUGCAGGUGGAGGACGUGUACUUUCAGUCCUGCGUGUUUGACUUGCUGACCACAGGAGACCCCGAGUUCUCUAUGGCAGCCUACGGCGCCCUGGAGGAUUUAAAGGCGCUGCCGCCCAGUAAACUGAAGCAGAAUUCCCCGAGGUCUCCUCGCCUCUCCAACCAAGGGGUGUCGCACACGUCGGCUGCAGCAGCAGCCAGCAGCUCCCUGCUCUCACUCCUUCUCCUCAUUCUGCUGCUUUUGUGAAAAAUGAAAUAAAUAUAAAUGAUUUUUAAAAAGAGAAACGUGGAGACAAACAGAACAUGGAAGCAUUACCGCUUGAGGAAAGAGUGACUAGAGCUCAGACAUAAUAUGUAAUUGUAAUUUUUUUUUUUUUUUUU